AUGAAAGAGUGGUGGGCACCGUCUACCUAUCUACCCUAUUCGAUCAACGAGUUCUGUGCGGCGUUUUGGGACCGUUAUCCCAACAGCUUUUCCAAGCACAUUGUAUCUGAAGACGUGUUGGAGCGACGGAUCACCGAUAAUACGAUUUUCACGAAAAAGCUCAUCGUCAAACAAGGGAGUUCUAUCCUGAAACGCGUGCCCAAAUGGCUAUCCAGAAUGACAGAGAUCCGGGUGGUGCCCGUUAUAGAAGAAAGCCUCUAUGAUAAGAGGACACAGACGCUAACAACGUAUACACGGAAUGUUGCGCACCUUGAACUGUUUUAUCUUCAUGAGCGGGUUGUUUAUAAGGAAAAAGAUCAUGGCGAUCAUGGAAACGCGACCGAAAUAGACAGAGCUGUGUCUUUGGCGUUCAAUUCAGGGAAGCUAUCUUCUAUCUACGAAAAGGUUACGCUUAUGGGUUUCAAGAAAUCCAUCGCGAACACGACGAAGGGACUGACUGAAGUUCUGGAAAUGCGUUUCGGGGCGCGACCUCACUCGGACAAGAUGAGCGAGCGGAUCAAGCAGAAAAUUCUGAACUCGCCAGUUAUCCAGAAAAUAAACUGCGAGAAAUCGGCU